AGUGCAGUUCAAACCGGAAGUGAGUUUUGUUGUUAGAAACAGUUUGUUUGUUUCUCAGUUUUUACAUACAGUCGCGUCUCUAACCGUUUCUGUCCUCUCUCACGGAAAAUGCUAUCUUAUUAACGUGUAUUUAAUAAACCGUAACUUAUCUCUCUCUCACGGAGGAUAACCCCCGGUAAAUCUCCGGUUCUUUCAAGAAGCGGGAAGUUUGAAAGAAGCUAACGGAAGCUAACGGAGGCUAAUGGAAGCUAACGGAGCUAACGGCUAAGUGUACAGAAGAUGAACUGUCAGGACUUCUGAUCAGAGGUUUCUAGUUAAAGAUAUCUCACAGUUCCAGGUUCUAAAUGUGAAGAUUCUAUGCUUUAAGUAUCUUUACAUUUGUACUCCUUUAUUUAAUAAUAUGUCAGUUUUAAUUAAAGCUUAAUUAGACCAGCAUGUGGUCCAGUCCGGAUCAGUCUUCCUGUAGCUCACACCCCGGGGAAGUUCUCAUCCGGUCCACCAGGGUCCUGGUCCCGGAUCAGAGACCUGGGUCUGUCCGGAUCACCAUCCAAAAGCUGCAGGACUCUCCGGGCCAGAAGAACCCGGACAAAGCAGCUCGUCAUUGGGCAGCAGGACGGCCUCAGCCCGACAGACUAAAGAAACUGGGACCCCCCAAAGAGAACAGAGAGCCCAGAAGAAGACCUACAGAGAGACCGGACAGGAAGCUGUGCAGCGAGCCGGACCAGCCUCACAGUCAGGACCUGCAGACGUCUCGUUUCUCUGCCGGAGGACGAGGAGUCGUGCUCGCCGCUCUGAAACAACGCUUUCACAGCGCCCCCCCCAGGAGGGAGGUCAGAGUUCAGCUUCUGCACACAGGACAACCAGACCCCCAGCAUGCACCUGGUUCCAGCACCCCCCAGCACGCACCUGGUCCCAGCAGCCCCCAGCACGCAAAUGGUCCCAGCAGCCCCCAGCAUGCAGUCAGGCCCAGUGCCGCUCCUCUGAUGAAGACUCACUCAGAUCUGGAUCAGGAGGCUCGAGUGUCUGGGCUGGCAGACGGAGUUCAGGAGCUGCUGCAGGCUGACAGGGGGCGUGGCAUUAGUCAGCUGACCCUGCAGCACCUGGAGACUCUACAUAGCCAACAGCUGCAGCAGCAGAGCCAGCUGCUGGGAUCGGCCCUCAGGAUGUUGACAGACCACGUCCCCCGGACCUCUGACCCCCAGCCGUCCUGUCUGCAGGUGACUCACCUGGACUCUGCAGAAAAUGUCCUUAGCAACCAGCAGCAGAUCUCCACGGCAACUGGAGCUGCAGCAGUCUCCCUGGAGACGGUCACUACGGCAACACAGGGCUGUGACCAACGACUGGAGCACACCAGACAGGAUCCCCGAGGUCCUCCCAGGGGUUCCAAGGCAGCAGGAAGUCACCUGCGCUCUUCGUCCAAUGAGAGCAAGCGGGCGGUGAGGAGAGCCAAUGAGACGCUGCAGGAUAUGAGCUGUCUGAAGAGGGAGAUGAAGACGCUGCUGAGGCACCCAGAAGAGUCUCUGAAAACCAGAGCAUCUGGACCGGACCAGCACCAGCAGACUCAAACCCUCCAAUCUGAGGACCAGAACCAACCAAACCCAGGCCACCUACAGUCCUCACAACCCCAGGCCAUACACUCCCAGUCCCAUCAAUCCAUGUCCAAUGGAAGUCCUCUGACCAAUCAAGGUCUUUUUAAACCAACCAAGGCACAACAAAACCACUCCCAGUCCCAUCAGACCCAGUCCAAUCAAAGUCCUUCUCAACAAAUCCAGUCCCAACAAAAGCCAACACUACCGAACCACGUACAGUCUCAGUCCCACUGGCCCCAACAAACUGAAUCCCAGAUAUCUCUAAACCAGUCCUCCCAUCAGCCCCUCCCGGUCUGGAGGAGGCCCGCCGUUCGGUCCCCGCUGGAGGAGGCGGGUCUGGUUCUGCGUCAGGUCCGCAGACAGAAAAAGGUUCUGGAAGAGAACCUGGAGGCUCUCCUGAGAACCAGAACCGGAGAAGUUCUGCACGUCCAGCUGGAGGCACUGGCUGCUAACAGAGAUUGCACGCAGGAAGUCCGCAUCAAGAAGACGGUGGACGCCUGGAUCAACUCGCUCACCCGGGACAUCCAGGCCGAGAUGUCCUCAGAAGAAGCAAUGAUGACAUCACAGCAGCAGGUCGCCGGUAAUUCCGCCCCCACACGUAGCGGGAGGCCAGUAAGCAUGCUCACAGCAACAGGAAGUCAGGCAGCGGGGGGAAGGGUGAGAACAGGAAGUGAGGCUGCGGGGGGGAGGGUGAAAAAGGAAGUGAGGCUGCGGGGGGGAGGGGGAGAACAGGAAGUGAGGCUGCGGGGGGGGAGGGGGAGAACAGGAAGUGAGGUGGCAGGGACAGGAAGCAGAGUGCAGGGGGCGGAGCAUGAUGCUUCCUCAGGUGAGGCGUACCUGAGCCAUCUGUACGGCAGGGCGACGUACAAGGGUCAGAGGCGGAGCCUGAAGACGAGCCCCUACCUGCGCCUCAGCUCACCGGCCCCCCCACCCAGCAGGAAGCCCCGCUCACGGCUGCUGGAGACCGUCACAGGUGUGAAGGUGAAGUCAUGUAAGACUCAGACCUGUUUGACUCCGCCCCUCAUGCCGGCACCUGGACGACUUCAUGACAUCAUCAUCAGCCCCGCCCUCCUGACUUCAGGUGACCUCAAACUAACCCCCGUCGCCAGGGCAAUCCCUCUAGGGCGUCCUAGGAUGGACUCUUCUUCCAGGCGUCUCCCUGAGAGUCAACAGGCAGUGACAUCAGCACCCAUAGUGACAUCACCACCCAGACACCCCCCAGAGGUUGCCGUGGAGGACAGAGCACCUGAGCUGCAGGUGGAUCAGCUGCGGUCUGCAGGUGAAGCUCCUCUUCUUCCUCCUACUGAUACCAUGGAGAUGAGGAGAGAGGAAGAGGAGGGGGAUGAGGAGGAAGAGGAAGUGGAAGUGAGCUUUCCUGGAACUCACUUCCUGUCUGUGGCUGAGGUCGCCCAGCUGGAGGAGGGGAGUUCAGUGGGGGAGGAGAGGAGUGCAGUGGUUGAGGACGCCAUGCAGCUGGAUGGAGGUGUAUCCCCCCCUCCGGUCCAGUACCAGGGUCCGGUGUUCCCCCCCCAGCCUCGCUCUUCCCUCCCUCCCCAUGAAGAGGCCUCUCUGCUGGGUCUACAGCUGCAGAGAGACGGGCUGGAGCAGCGCCUGCUGGAGUGGGUGGAGCAGCAGCUGAUGUCCAGGAUGAUCUCAGAGAUGUACCGCCCCCCUCUCCCUGAUCCUGCCUACAACCUCUCCAUCGACCAAUCAGAGAGUGAGGAGCAGAGCUUCACCUCAGACACUGCUCUGCAGCUGUGUGUAGUCUCUGGUGUCCCGGUGGACUCGGCUCUGGUCCGGCAGCUGGUCACUGAGGUUCUGACCGAGCAGGUCGACCUAAUGCUUGGGGAGAGAGACUCAGGGAGACCAGAAACAAGACCAGAUCCAGAAAUAAGACCAGAACCAGGCGCGGGUCCAGACCCAUGUGAGCAGGACUCCGGACCUCCUCUGGUUCUAACUCCUGCUCCGACCCCUCCACCCAGCCCCGCCACUCCCAGCAGAGAGACCUCGCCUCUGGCCACGCCCUCUCCCUCAGAACCAACCAGCAUUCGGAGCCCAGAGCCACCCCAGCCAAUCACAGAGCCAGGUCAGAGGUCUCCUAACCGUAAACCUAGGAAGCCUGGGGUCCCCUUCUGGAGCCAGGACCAGAAAGAGGACUCGUCGGCGAGCAUCUGGAGCCCGGCCGGGCACAGCCCGAAAAAGCAACGUGGGCAACACCCCCACUCCCCCGUCCCGCAGGCCCACCUCCUACGGGAAACAGCGAUGGGGUCGGGGGUCUGGCAGUGA